AUGUCUGCAGCCACUGUUGAGGCUCCGGGCUCUGGGUUGAGGCAGAGGACAAAGAGAGAGGAACAUGAGCAUGACCACGACCACAGCUCUCAUUCGCAUUCCCACUCCCUCCUCGGGGGACACGAUCACUCCCACGCUCACGGUAGUCCAGAAGAGGCCGAUCGCCUGAUCGCCGCCCUCAAGGGGAAGGGCGACCGCGGCAGCAACAUCACUCUUCUGGGCCUCUUCUCGAACAUCGUCCUCUGCAUCUCCAAAGGCAUCGCUGGCGUAUUCCUCAACUCCGCCUCUCUGGUAGCGGACGCUGCCCAUUCUCUAAGUGACAUGUUCUCAGACUUGGUCACCCUCUUUUGCUGGAAGAUGAGCCAGAAGCCUCCGAGUCAGACCCACCCGCUGGGCUACGGCAAGUACGAGACCAUGGGCGGGUUGGGAGUCAGUGUCGUCCUCGUGGGUGGAGCGGUGGGAAUUGGGAUGCAUAGCUGGGGCCUCCUGCUCGAGGCCAUGGGGCCGAUGCUAGAGACGGCGCCUGCUUUCAUUCAGACCAUUGGGCACUGGAGUGGCUCCAUGGCUCACACAUUGGGCCAUUCGCACGGCGCUGGAGCUCACGACCACGCCCACGACGCCGUCUCGGCUGCGAUGGGCGCCCUCGACCCAAAUGCGAUGUGGUUCGCCCUCCUCUCCGUCGCCGUAAAGGAGUGGCUCUACCGUGCUACGCUCAAGGUCGCAAAGGACGAGAAUAGUAGUGUGCUCGAGGCAAACGCGCUGCAUCAUCGCUCCGACUCCCUCUCAUCAGGCGUGACCUUCUUAGCCAUAGGGGGAAGCUGGAUGGGCUUGCCCAUACUCGACCCGCUCGGUGGGCUGCUCGUCGCAGGCUUAAUCGGCAAGCAAGGAUUCGACUUGCUCGUCUCCGCACUCGCUGAGCUGUCAGACCGUGGCGUGGACGUGGACGUUCUGCAAGGCUUCGAGGAGGCGGUACGUGGUGUUCAGAGCGAGGAUGGGAGACUCAAGAGGUGGACGGAUCUCCGCGCUAUCAAGAGUGGCGUGAGCACUUUUAUCGAUAUUACGCUCGUCAUGGAGGGAAGGGUCACGCUGAUUGAGGCGAGAGAGGUAGAAGACAAGAUCAGGGAGGCGCUGGUUGAUGCGCACAAGGGGGUCAAGGAGGUGAGGGUGCAUUUUGCGCCUAGUGAAGGCAAGUGA